AGGAAAAAAAAAAAAGAUUAUCAGUAGCUCAACCAAGUGGAAGAUACUCACUCUACCCGGUGCGUGGCAUAUUCUGCCUUGUCCCCUAAAGAGUAAUGACUUUACAGUUAUUGCUUUUUGCAUUUCUAGUGCAUCUAUGCCAAAUAAAUGAUUUUAGAGGUUUAUAAAGAAGGCUAAACUUGCGGCCACAGCGUCUUCAGAGUUGCAGGCCCCUUCCGUCUCAGGUUCCGCCAUGCUGGGGGAGGUUCCGCCAUGCUGGGGGGUGGUUCUUGGAUCCAGGAUGGUGACCACCACUCGACAGUCCAGCCAAAGAGAAGAAGAGGCAUCUGUGUUCCAGGCCAUUUCGUUACAAAGGAGAAUCUGGAAAAUGGCCGUGAGUCGGUCUCAUGUCCAGUUGGAAAUAAUCAUCAGAGCGCGCCCCUCCGUAAUUUUCUUCCGGCAACCAAAAUUGUGUCACGGCUUGUUCUCCAAGUCCCGCCCUCUCAGCAACCCCCACUGGACAGGACUCGAUAGUUUGACGAAGAGUGGGUAGAGUGCCCACGUGACGUGGCAUUCGUGUUCUCCAUGUCCCGCCCUCUCAGCAACCCCCACUGGACCGGACUCGAUAGUUUGACGAAGAGUGGGUAGAGUGUCCACGUGACGUGGCGUUCGGAAGACCGGAAGUGGUCAUAUUUCGUAGGCCGUAAAGCGCGCUGCCUAUGUUCAGUUUCCGGUUAGCGACAACGGCAUCAGACCGUCAGCGCCGGCUUCGGUGUAGGGGACGCUGCCCAACUGUGCUGAUUCCGUUUCGUUCCCUUUCCGGGCCUUUCUCUGCCGUCACCCUUUCACCUUGGAUCAUGUUCAAGAAAUUUGAUGAGAAGGAAAAUGUGUCCAACUGCAUCCAGUUGAAAACGUCAGUCAUUAAGGGCAUUAAGAACCAACUGAUAGAGCAGUUUCCAGGUAUUGAACCAUGGCUUAAUCAAAUCAUGCCUAAGAAAGAUCCUGUCAAAAUAGUCCGAUGCCAUGAACAUACAGAAAUUCUUACAGUAAAUGGAGAAUUACUAUUUUUUAGACAAAGGAAGGGGCCUUUUUAUCCAACUCUAAGGCUACUUCACAAGUAUCCUUUUAUCCUGCCACAUCAGCAGGUUGAUAAAGGAGCCAUCAAAUUUGUGCUCAGUGGAGCAAAUAUCAUGUGUCCAGGUUUAACUUCUCCUGGAGCUAAGCUUUACCCUGUUGCGGUAGAUACGAUUGUUGCGGUCAUGGCAGAAGGAAAACAGCAUGCUCUGUGUGUUGGUGUCAUGAAGAUGUCUGCCGAAGAUAUUGAGAAAGUCAACAAAGGAAUUGGCAUUGAAAACAUCCAUUAUUUAAAUGAUGGGCUAUGGCACAUGAAGACCUUUAAAUGAGUCUCAAAAGGAAUACAGUUGGGGGGCUGAAUAUGGUUUUUGUACUUUAUGUGUUUGUGUAUUUAUGUGACAGCAUGAAAACAAUGCCUCUGUGGUUAUGCUAAAUAAAUUUAACAAUUUUAAG